AUGGCGGCCGAAGACGAGUCAUUCUCCUGGCCGAACGGACAGCCACCACAAACCGACGGAUCCAAUUUCCCGUGAGUUUAUACUGAGCACAAAUUCACUCUUCCAAACAUUUUUCCUCUUUUCUUUGGCUCGAAUUACUGUUUGACUCGCUCAAUCCGAGAAUGUGAGUCGUCAACAUCUGUCCAUAAUCCUCUGUUCUGAUCAUGUUCUUCAGAUUGUCUUCUCAAAUCGUUUGCUUCACAAUUUGUACGAAAGCUCAGAUUCUCUGAAUAUGAUCCAUCGUUUCAUUUCUGAUUUCUCACGUCAGAGUUAGAACCAAAAUAUGGAAUUGGGAGGUUACCGCAACAAGGGAGGGAAAAGGAAAUUUGUGUUGUGUGACACUCGUAAACCCCCGCAGUUUCAGUUGCUUCCCCGCUCCGACGAGUCGUAGCAUGAACCCAUCCCUCAGCUGAUUCCCUUAUCAUCACUUCUCCCUUUCCACGUCUGUUAUCGUUCCUCUCUCUCUUUCUCCCCUCUCUCUUUCUCUCUUUCUUCCUCGUUUCCAUCUGUUCAAUCAUCACAUCCUCUUCUCUUUCAUCUUUUGAUCCGGUUUACAACCAGUGCUCUGUGCGCGCAAGGCGGAUCCGAUAAAUAACUCGGAUUACACACAAAUCAAAGCACAUUUCUCUUUCUCCAGAGCCUCCUCCGACCAUCUGUUUUCGCCUACUUUCAGGUCAUUAGUUCCGAUUGAGGACAAGCGAUGUUUGUUCGCUUGCCGAUGAUAUAUGAGGGAAUGAUUCUGUUUUUAACCUCGACGCACUCUGGAAAACAAACCUCUGGUGACCUUAUUGUUUUCGGAACGUAUCAAGACGUGCGAUGUUGUUGUUGGCCUGUUCGUGUCGCAUAUCAGUCAUCUCCUCAUCCCCUCUCUUGAACCUCCCGACCUGUACAGUUCUUCUCUACCGCACUCUUUCAAUCCGCAAAUAUUUGAGCCCAGUCGUCCCCACGCUCUUCCGUCCGCUCGUCUCAUUCCUCUCGUCCGCCUUCCGUACCUUAACAGGUAUUUGACCAACUUAACCCCGGGAGAAGUGGUAAAUUCUAUAUAAAAUGGAAUUCGGCGUCUCUUUGCCGCGUGUUAUUGUUCACACGGUUGUUCGUGUGUUAUUGUGAAUGGGAGGAGAUCCAAUCGGUGUGGUUUCCCUUUUCGUCCCGCUCUUCUCUUCUCUUCCGUGUCCAGUGCCGUGUGGAUCUCUGCUUCACUACUUGUUGUGCGCGUGCGCGGAUGCCCACGUGUGCUCCGUAUGCAUGUGUGUGUGUGUGUGUGUGCUUCGGCCUUUUCCGCUCACACAAACACACACUCUUCCUCGCGCUCACUUCCAUUUUCCACAGUUGUGACCGAAAACACACACACACACCCCGCUCGCUCUGCCUUUUCUCUAUCUCUCGACAUCGUCCUCCUUCUCCUCUUUUUUGCCCAUCCUAUUUCUCUCUUUUCCUCCUGCGUCACUUUAAGUUUGUGUGGAGUCCUACACUUUCUAGUCAAGACUCAUCGAUUUUUGACCUGGCAUUUCUAUGCCAAAACUUACGCGUGUAAUGGAAGAACAACGGGAGAAAGAGGCGGGGCAUUAGUACAGUGACAGUUCUCGACCCGAGAUCCUUUUGAAGUCGAAUGUACUGUUCGAGUGUCAGGGAGAACAUCUGUCAUUGACGUAACAGUGCAGUUCAGAUUGUUAUCUACGGUCAUUUGCACCCGGAUACACUUAUUCUUCAUCGCCCACACGUGUAUGUAAUGUUACUAAUCCGAUCCUCGGAGCAUUCAACACGUCAUCGUAUUCUCAGAAUGAUGAAUCAAUGGGAGAAAUUCUAAGAACAACACCUGCCUCAGUUUGGUUUUAAUCGAAACCCAAAAUGGAAGAAAUGUGUUUUCGUAUUAUGUCAGAGAGGAAAACAAGUUGCUUCUGAGCUCUCUCUCUCUCUCUCUCUCUCUCUCUCCGUCUCUCCUCAACAACCUUCUUUGCUCGUCGCACCUGUCCUUGAUCCCUUCAUGUAAAUCGCCAUUCUUUCCCCUAUAAUUAUCCUUCCACAGUCAGCUUCGUCUUCUUCCCUAUUUCCUUUUUUUCACUUCCAAAAAUAAUUUUCACCCACACGUUUGCAGUUAUAUCCACCCGACGGCAUAUUGUGCACCGGACCCUUUUAUGUACCCAGGUGAAUCAUUCGAUUGUUCUGAAAAGAAACCACUCCUCUGUUUCAGUGCAAACACUCUCGGUGAACCAAAAGAUGGUCGACGACUGGCUGGCCGAUGCGCCGAUGCCCUACGAUAUCCGCUUCGACCGGGCCGCCGUCAACGUCUCUCCUCCCUCGAACUCGAGUGUUCGCAUGAAUCCUUCGAUGGCAACGCAAACCCAAACCCAGAAAUACACCCCGGGACGUCCGACUGAAUCGCAAUCGAGGACUUCCUUCUUCUCUCGGUCAGUUUUACUCUCAUUUUAUUAUCGUUUCAUGUCUGUUCACCCAUGGCUAGCCUCUUUUUUACAGCUUCGGCCGUCGAACUCCUCCGUACUCUGCCGCCCACACCUCCGACUUUAUUGAUCUCGGACCGCUGAAUCUGAACGAGAGAGUGUCUCCGGAACCUGCCGUGGUCCAUGUUUGGCCAUCGGAUGACGUCACCCUCAGACCAAAUAUUCGUAUUCCAAGUGGGAAUAACCCCUGGUGCAAGGUGCACUACUAUGAAUUCAAACAGAGAGUGAGUGAUCUUCCAGAAUGCGCUACCACAACGAUUCUUAUAGAUUGGCAAUCAGUUCGACGCGAGACAGAACACGUUCACAAUCGACGGAGCCACUGGAAACAGCGAUGAGCACAGACUGUCACUGUCCGCUCAGCCGCCUUCGAAAGCCGCCAAAUCUGGACAGGUCCGUAACCUGAUCGGAUCGGGCAUCAAGCUCACUUAUCGCGACGGAACCAUCAUGCUGAACGUGCUCUCCAACCAAACCACUUUUGUGCAGUGCCCUUACCAUAACUACUUGAAUGGCGUGCCCAUUGAGACGGUUUUGCGCCUGCGCAACGACAAAGGAGAAAAAGAUGCGAACGGAAUCUGGGUUGCGGAAGAGCAAGCCACUGUGAAACUGUUCAACCUGAGAAAUUUCAACCAGAUGAAGGAGCAUGCGCGUGGACUGGCUUACAAGGAGGCUUACAGGCUUUUAUACGUGAGUUAUGUGAUUUGCUUCACUCACACUGUUGGAAUUGUUCAGAGUUUCUGUUCCACUCGCAUUUCUUUCAUCAAAGGAUUCGGAACGAAUUACGGUGGAAGGGCCGCUUACGAGUGUGCCUCUUGGCUUGAACUCCACGUGUCCGAGGCCUACGAUUCCCUCGAUGGAGUUAGUUUCCCACUGAUUUCCUUUAUUGAUGAGUUAUUUUUCAGGAGCUGAUCAACAUGAACUACAAUUCUCUGGAUAUCAACUCCCGCUCGCUUAGUCUCACGGACGAGCGAGACUAUGUCUGA